AGCUCGAUGUUGGUACGGGAUCACUCGAGCAGUGCCAGGCUUCGGAUUUCUCUCACGCCUCGGCAGUCGCAUUGCCUGGGCUGCAUUAAUGAAUCCAACCACAGCAGUUGUACUUCAGCAACCCUGACGAAGUCUCUUCGCUAUGACGGCUAACGAUUCUUCUACGAAGCUUUCGGGCCUGGACCCCGAAAAGCCCAACAAGACAUUGGACCAAGGGGAUAGCUUGAGCCCUACCCGUCAACCUGGAAAUAUACACGCAGAGCAUGCCACGCAGUCGGACGAUGAUAGUGAACUUCGUGGGAGGUUCUAUGGCCCUGACAAACGAGAGCUAACCGAAGACGACUGCUGCGAGAAGCUAGGCUUCUGUUUCCCCUGGUAUAAGAAGUGGUCGAUUCUUACCGUCAUUUUCAUCGUGCAGAUGUCGAUGAAUUUCAAUAGUAGUACCUUUUCCAACGCCGUGCCGCAAUUAUCGGAGCACUUUCACAUCAGUGAGCAGGCAGCCCGGACAGGCCAAAUGGUCUUCCUCGUCACGUACGCCUUUGGCUGCGAACUUUGGGCCCCGUGGAGUGAGGAAUUUGGCCGGUGGCCCAUUAUGCAACUCAGCCUCCUGCUGGUGAAUAUCUGGCAGAUACCCUGCGCGCUGGCUCCCAAUUUUGGGACCAUGGUCGUCUGUCGUGGCCUUGGUGGGCUGAGUUCAGCGGGUGGCUCGGUCACCCUCGGGAUGACUGCCGACAUGUGGGAGCCAGAUGAUCAGGGCUUUGCCGUAGCGUAUGUGGUCCUAUCUUCAGUUGGAGGGACCACGAUUGGGCCCAUCUUCGGCGGCAUGAUGCAGCAAUGGUUGAACUGGCGAUGGAACUUUUGGAUCCAACUUAUCUUCGGCGGUGUAACGCAGGUCCUUCACUUCUUCCUUGUCACCGAGACUCGGUCCACAAUCCUCCUGGACCGGGAGGCCAAACGCCGACGCACAUCGGGGGAGGAACCUGAUGUGUAUGGUCCAAACGAGCUGAAGCCCUCCCGGUUCAAUGUCAAGGAAGUGCUGCGCGUUUGGCGCCGGCCGUUUGAGAUGUUCCUCCGUGAACCCAUCGUCCUCUUUCUUUCGUUGCUCUCUGGAUUUUCGGACGCGCUCAUCUUCACCUGCAUUGAGUCGUUCGCGUUGGUGUUUGCACAGUGGGGGUUCGAUGCACUCCAGAUCGGACUAUGCUUUAUUGCCGUCUUAAUCGGCUACUUGGUUGCCUACCUCAUCUUCCUACCCGACAUCUACCGCCAGCAACAAGUCAGGCACCGUGAAGGGAAUGCGUCUCGAGUGGCCGAGCGGCGUCUUCUGCUCUUGCUCUUUAUUGCCCCGCUUGAAACGAUCGGACUGUUUGGGUUCGCCUGGACCUCGAUGGGACCAGAAUACACGCACUGGAUGGUGCCGUUGGUGUUUGUCUUCUUGAUCGCGAUCGCCAACUAUGGCAUCUACAUGGCGACGAUCGACUACAUGGUUGCGGCGUACGGCGAGUACUCCGCGUCGGCAACGGGAGGCAAUGGGUUCGCGCGAGAUCUGCUUGCGGGGCUGUCGGCUAUGUACGCGACACCGAUGUACAGCAACAUCGGUGGCCGGUUCCAUUUGCAAUGGGCGAGCACGAUCCUUGGGUGCUUGUCGGUUCUGGUGACGAUUCCCAUUUACAUCUUCUAUUGGAAGGGGCCUCAAAUCCGGGCGAACAGCAAGUUCGCGCAAACCCUGGAGGCGGACCGGGAGCGGCACGCGGCCGUCCGUCGGGCCAGCCAAAUAAGUGUUUCACAGAAGGCAUCCGCGGCCUAGUCCGUACCAAGAUGGACUUGCGGAGACCCGACUUGGCUGGUACGAUGUGAUGCUGACGAUGUAUCAAGAUGUAUGCUUAGAUAUUUUCUGCUUAUUUAGCAUUGUGGUACCAGGUUUGUGUGACGGUAUUGUGUGGGAUGAUUUCACUUCCAUUCACCCUUUGUCAGUCAAUCGACUUGUAGUCACAAGGCGCUGUGAUUUUACGCAGCUUAAUGGGUCAACGUCAUCAGGCACUCUGAU